CCAGCAGGCAGCGCUGCGUGUUGUAAACAAGCCUGCCAAUGGUGGUGGCUCUGCUUAGUUCUCCAUUUUGUAUGUUUUUCCUGGAGGUUAGCGCCUACUUUCCUAAUGGCUAGCUGCGAAUCAUCAUAGCUCAGUCAGUUCAACGCAGUCUGCGUGACAAUUUACAGCUCGGUCGAACUGGAGGACUGAAAACUCAUACAGCGCGCUCAGCUUGACGUGCUUGUGUCGUUUUAUCAAGCCAUGUAGGUGGAAUAGGACGCGUGGGGAGCACCGUUAACAAACACUGAGUCAGGUUAACGUUACGUGUUGUGGACUACCACUUUCAACCAAAACAAUGUUGACAGACGACCUGUGGACACAUACCAACAAUCAGUCAUCUCAAGGAUGGAUGAAGGUGGAGUGAAGAAAAUAACAUAUAGAAGAGAUGACCAUUUAAGCAAACUGGUCUACACUGAAAGCCUUGAGGAAGGAGGUCUGUUAAAAGUGGCUCCUCAAAGUGCCAUGUCCAUCACCUCUGCCACGUCUAUCGUUCUUCCAUCCAGCCCAUUGAUGCAGCCAGGACAGGUGCCUAACGGCCUCAGUAACAGCCACCUUCCAGAAGAGCUCACCUCUGUUACUACAACCUUAGGCCCCUUGUUGGAAGACCCAGAGUCCAGGAGCCUGACCAAAGAUCAGAAAUUUCAGCAGCAGCACCAGACACAUUUUUCCACUACAUUUGGACAUCAAAACUCAAGGGAAAUUUUGCCCCAGUUGGAGGCCAAUAUAGUAGACAUUACCCAGUCCUCCAUGGAUUCACUUAUUGGGGGUUCAGAUCCCAACUUAUUCCCAGUGAAAACAGAGGAUUUUUCCAUGGAUAAAGGAGACCAGGAUCCCAUUGACCUCGAUGCCUUUGAUCACAUUGGGAAAGAUGUGGACGUACACCAGAAAUUGUUCAGUGACAAUGCUCUGGACUUACUCCAAGACUUUGAGCUUAUUGGGUCCCCCUCAGAUUUCUGUGUAGGAGAUGAUGCCUUCCUGUCCUCUCUGGCAGAUGACUCUCUGCUUGGGGAUGUUAGCUCAGAGAGGGAUGCAAAGGCUGCUGUGGUUGAGAGCAUUAAUGGCAGUGGAGCAAUCUCUCUUACUCUCAAUGGCAGCAAUAUGACAAGUCCAGAUCAGUCAUGCUCUAGCAUAUCCACAACUGCUUCCCUAACUCCUUUACCCACUUUGCCUGUGUUAGUAAAGAAAGAAAAAGAUGCUGGCUUCAUUCAGCUUUGCACCUCAGGUGGGAUCAAACAGGAGAAGUCCUCUGCAGGUCAGAGUUAUUGCCAAAUCAGUGGCACGUCCUCCACAGACAUGCCCAGCUCUAACCCCAUCUCCAUCUGUGGGGUCAGCACUUCAGGAGGACAGAGCUACCACUUUGGAGUCAAUCCAAGCGGCACUGAUGCUCAGCAGCCGAAGGAUCAGAAGGCAGUGUCCAGCUUGUAUCUCCCUGUAACAACCAUUAGUGGCUCCUGGAACAGGGACCAGGGUGUUGGGGACAACUCUGCAAUGCACAAGGUCAGGGAGGCUUUCUCAAGCUCUCCCACUUAUCCCAUCAGCUUUGCAAGUCCUACCUCCAGACAGGAAGGGGUCCCUACUUCAUCCUCGGCACAGGGAAAGAGCGGGAUUCAUAAAAUCUGCCUGGUGUGCUCUGAUGAGGCUUCAGGCUGCCACUACGGCGUUCUCACCUGUGGGAGCUGCAAGGUCUUCUUCAAGAGAGCAGUGGAAGGGCAGCAUAAUUACCUUUGUGCUGGGAGGAACGACUGCAUAAUAGACAAGAUCAGAAGGAAGAACUGCCCAGCCUGCCGCUUCCGCAAGUGUCUAAUGGCAGGAAUGAAUCUGGAAGCACGUAAAACCAAAAAGUUGAACCGCUUAAAGGGCACCCAGCAGAGCAACCCACCUGAGGUGACAUCUCCUCCGCCAACCGAGACUCGCUCCCUUGUACCCAAGUGCAUGCCUCAACUUGUUCCCACGAUGUUGUCCCUGCUGAAGGCCAUCGAGCCGGACACCAUUUAUGCCGGCUAUGACAGCACCCUUCCCGACACCUCCACCCGCCUCAUGACCACCCUCAAUAGGCUGGGUGGCCGGCAGGUCAUCUCUGCUGUGAAGUGGGCCAAAGCUCUGCCAGGUUUCAGGAACUUGCACCUGGACGAUCAGAUGACUCUGCUGCAGUACUCCUGGCUCUUCCUCAUGUCAUUUGGUCUGGGCUGGAGGUCUUACCAGCAGUGCAAUGGCAGCAUGCUCUGUUUCGCACCAGACCUUGUCAUAAACGAGGAGCGGAUGAAGCUUCCCUACAUGGCUGACCAGUUUGAACAGAUGCUCAAGAUUUCCAGCGAGUUUGUCCGGCUGCAGGUUUCCCACGACGAGUAUUUGUGCAUGAAGGUCCUGUUGCUGCUCAGCACAGUGCCAAAGGACGGCCUGAAGAGUCAGGCGGUGUUUGAUGAUAUUCGGAUGUCGUACAUUAAGGAGUUGGGGAAAGCCAUUGUGAAGCGCGAGGAAAACUCCAGCCAGAACUGGCAGCGUUUCUACCAGCUCACCAAGUUGCUCGACUCCAUGCAUGAGAUGGCCGGCGGACUGCUCAGCUUCUGCUUCUACACCUUUGUGAACAAAUCCCUGAGUGUGGAGUUCCCUGAGAUGCUGGCAGAGAUCAUCAGCAACCAGUUACCAAAAUUCAAGGCUGGGAGUGUCAAACCUCUCCUCUUCCACCAGAGAUGACUGUCCCCCCCUCCCCCCCCAACAGACACAAUGCCUUAAAGUCCCACCAUGUCAUGUCACCAUAGCCCACCCAACCCCAGCGAAGAGCGACGACGAAAGGACUGAGGAUCUGUGGCGAGUAGUGAAUGAUGUUUGUGGGAGCUAGUAUGCAAUUUUGUGUAGUGUGUUACGGGUCUGGAGGGAGCGAGCGAGCGGCCGAAGACGUUUGUGUAGAGACCGGACAGCGAGCACAGAGGUUUUGUUGAGCAGAUUAAGAUGUAGUAUAUAACACAUAGGAAAUGGAUAAUCGCAAAGAGAAGUAGGCUUAAUAUCCAUGUCGUCUCAGGUUUCUUACCUUCAAAUAAAGAAUGAUAUCUAAGAUAGAUAAAACAAAUAUCUAUGUACAGGUUCUGAUAGUAUUUUCUACAUUUUCAAAUUCUAACAGUUUAUACAAUUUUCCAGGUCGUCGUUAUCUGGCAAGGUAACAAAGCUUAAAUAUUAACGUGUUCUUAAGUAGGCUUUUUGACUGUAUGUUCUUCUUUUAGUUUUUAUAGGAGGUUGUAACAAAAUGUUUAUCAGUCACGUGUAAAAAGCUUCCCCCCCCCCCCCCAUUUCUUUGAUUGAUACUUCGGACAGUUGAGCAGUUCUGUUGGGUUGUUAGUUAAUCGACGUGCGCCGUGCUAAGGAUGAUUUCUCCCACAAGCCGACCUCUUCCAGGUUUACACAAAUCUGUUAUAAAAGGGAAAAAAAAGACAUGUGCCUUUUUUGAUUCAAAUGUUAUCUUCAAGUCAUUCAAGCCAUUUCUUUCGACCAGUUCAGUGCGUGCUUUUCUUUAACCCGUCGUGGUGUACCUUCAUCGUACGUCGAUUGUACUUUUUUACGUCACAUGCAGUUGCAAGUUUUUCCUUUAUUUUUUUUUUUUCUUCACUUCAUGUUUCGAAGUGGCAGCUCAGCCCAUCCUCUGUGUGUAGUAAUAAUCCUCAUCACUAAGAAAGAAUAUUUGGAGCCUGCUUCCUGUCACGCCAUCUCACACACACACACACACACACACACACACACACUCAACUCCUUAAGUGCGAUUUGAGCACUUUGUACCAUACUAAAGGCUUUAAAUGACUGUGAAGAAAGACUGCUGUACCAGUCUUGAUUAUAUGAUUUUUAGAUAAAAAGUAGAGAACUUUCUAUAGGCGGGAAUAGCCUGUUUUAAUGUUUAUUUAACCCCACUCCUGCCCCAAUAGUCUAAUAAUGGAAUGUGAUAGAUACCUGCGUCUACCAAUCAUCAUAGAAGAAAGGGCAUAUUUUAUUGUGUUUUCAAAAUUAUGUCAGUUCACCAGGCAAACUAAUUUCUGUUGUUCUACCAUGACUUGGACUGGUCGGAAAAUAACCGUCCUCCAUUUUUUUUUUUUUUUGUUUUGUUCAGCUGAGGGAUGCAGCCGUGAUUCUGCCUCUGAUGAUCCUUUCAUCAACAAUAUCCAUGAUCUCAAUCAGCAUCUGAUUUGGACACUUAAUUGUUGAAACCCUAUGCAUUGUCACGUAGCUAUAUUUCUCAAAGGAAUAGUUUAACAUUUUGAGAAAUGUGCUUAUUUACAGAGAGAUAAGUGCAAGUAUAAACUUCUCCUUUAAAAUGAACAGUUUGUUUGAUAGAGAGCUUGUGUAUACAGCACUUUGGAUCAGACGCUGGCAGAUUGAUCACACUGCAAACCUCCCAAUAAUUUCUGACCCCCUCCCUUUUAAACAUUUGUGCUCUUUCAACGCCCUGUAGGCACCUUGUCUUAAUGUCCGUGUACCUUUAGUACAUUUGCACGUUUAUUUGUUUGGUAGGUAGUCAAGCCCCACCCACCCCCAGUGUUUGAAAGCACUUAGCAUCAGUCAUAUCAUGGAGUCGUGUCACAGUCAAAGCGUAGCAUCACUGACUGAGGAGGCAGGCAAAAUGGAUGCUUUAUUCUCUGGGAACUGUUUCAGUGCCAAACUCCUGUUUUGUCUGUUUUCGGCGGUGCUGAAAGUCAGUAAGUGUUUGUGUGAUAAGAUGAAAAAAGGUCCCAGUAUUGAAGCUUUUAAAUUUGACCAGAACUAGACAAAAAGUGAAUUAGCGGCGGUUGACUUCAGUCCACUGGAUUGAUUUGUGUGUUGUGUAAGUAAGUGGGAAUUUGAAAUGUGCUGCAACACUUUCAUCAGUUUCUAAGCACACAGUAAUUCAGGUUGAUGUGAAUGUGAACAUUAAAGGUCCAAUUUGUAAGAUAGUUGACCGUUGAGCCUCAUUCCCAGGUCAUCAGAUUAUGACAGUUUGGGUUGUUGGCCAACCUGCCACGCUAACACUAACUGCAAAUUGCACCUUUAAAGAGUAUUUAAUGUGGUUUUGAAAAACAAAAUUGCUCUUGACAGGUCAAAGGUGAUGCCCUGGCAGUUAAUUGGAUAAAUGUGUCAAGUGAGUGACUACAAAGUGCUCUCUCAUUCUUCGGCUGUUGGUCUGUUGCUAAGCUAUCCCAACAACAAAUGUAAAGCACUCAUUAUAAAUGUUUAACUGCUUCCAUGCUCAGGUUGUUGAAGUUUGAUGUGUGAUGCGCCCACUACGUCCUUGUCCGUGUUUAGUCGUUUAUGUCCUGAACUUUAAAAACCAAAAACAUUCAGUUUGGAUUCCCAAAAUGUGUCUGCUUCUGUGAUUUAUGGAGUAUUUUCACAUUGUUCACUUUACAAAUUAUGAUAAAGUUUGUGGAGUGUGUUGCCACGGCUGUCAUUCAUACAUCGUGCUCGGAAAUAAAAAAAAAAAGCGUACUUGUUGUUUUUCUUUAUGAUGUUUAAUAAAUUGUCGGAAAUCAUCUUCCUCAGCUUCAUAGGGGCUUCUCAUGGGUUACUUUCACAUUCAGUGUAUCCAAAUCUCUGCUGCUGCUGUUCCUUUAGACAGGUAAAUAUAUCUCUAUGAAAUCGCACACUUGCCUCUUCUUGCUCAAAAAUGUAUCCUCGCUUAUACUUAUUUGUACAUUUUUGAGGAGGACACCUGAAUAUGCAAUAGAAAUGACAGAUAAUCUAUCACCAUCCUAUAACAAGAUGUGGUUGCAUACUAUUUUUUUUUUUUUUGUUCCAGGAUAAGCUAUUUUCAUACAGGAGAUUUGCAUUUAACUUUAUCUCUGCAGGCCAGAUUUUCAGGAAACAGAUUCACUUAGUCAGUAAUCAGUUAAAGACUGCACAAGAAAAAGCCUAUUUGAUGUUUGACUACAAGGUGACCAAAGCAAAGUACAGACAAAUUCAACAUAUGUCCAUGUAAACUUAAGUAGUUCUUAAAGGACAAAUGUACAGUUCAGUUGUACAGUUUUGUUUUAUUUUUUUGUUUUUGUUUUUUUUAAAGAAAAACAUUUUUUACUGUUAACAUGAUGGCUUUGGUCAAAUUGUGUAAUACUGUGAAUAGGAUAGGAGUCAGUCUUUUUCACACAAACUGUUUGUGAAAGUAAUCAACCAGCUUGAAUCUAAAAAGAUUUGCACUACCCAAACAAUGUUUGAAAAUCUAUUUUGUAUGAAACAUAUGCAGACAUUAACUUUUGAGAAUUAUCAAGGGCAGAUCAUAUUUCAGCAGUAUAUGCUUUCUCUAAAAAAACAAAAUUAAAAAAAAAACCCAUUUGUUUUGCUUAUAACGGUUUGAAUAUGUACAUAUAAUCCGUUGUAAAGAAAAUGUGGUGUAUUUGUCUUCAAUAAUAGUUUUUCUAUCCACCCUCUGUAUUAUCUCUGCUCUGUAGUGUGACUCCAGUUGAUCUUUUCCCCCACCGAUUAAAGGUUGAACUGUA